AUGCCACCGCCGGCAUCAGUGUCGUCUCCUUCAGGGCCUGCUCUAACCGCCGCCGGCGCUGGUCUUCUGUUGCAGACGGACUGCCAUUCCCAAGUGAGUGGCACCAUCUACGACUAUGGAGCCCUCACCCUCAACGGGGAGGAGUACAUCCCCUUCAAGCAGUAUGCUGGCAAAUACGUCCUCUUUGUCAACGUGGCCAGCUACUGAGGCCUGACGGGCCAGUACGUUGAACUGAAUGCACUACAGGAAGAGCUGGAACCAUUUGGUCUGGUCAUUCUGGGCUUCCCCUGCAACCAAUUCGGAAAACAGGAGCCAGGACAGAACUCGGAGAUCCUACCUUCCCUCAAGUAUGUACGACCGGGGGGGGGCUUCGUCCCCAAUUUCCAGCUCUUUGAGAAAGGAGAUGUGAAUGGGGAGAAUGAACAAAAGGUCUACACGUUCCUGAAGAACUCCUGUCCUCCCACCUCGGAGCUCCUGGGCUCGCCUAACCGCCUCUUCUGGGAACCUAUGAAGGUCCAUGACAUCCGCUGGAACUUUGAGAAGUUCCUGGUGGGGCCAGAUGGCAAACCCAUCAUGCGCUGGUACCACCGGACCACAGUCAGCAACGUCAAGGUGGACAUCCUGGCCUACAUGAGGCAGCAGGAAGCCCUGGCGGCCGCCAGGAAGUAAAUGAGGCCUGCCCCACCCCACAUCCACCAUGCAGGGCUGGGAGGGACUCUGUUCAGGAAGGAAUCCAUUUCUCCGGCCACACCACUCCCACCAUAGACCCCUUCCUAUUAUACAAGGCCCCAGCCUGACCCAGAAGUGUGCAUACAAGCAUGUAUCUACUGCUGUGCAUGUGGGUGUCUGCCCACAUGUCUAAAGAUGUGUGACGUGUGUGAAUGCACGAGUGUGCAGCCACAUGUCUACCUGUGUGAAUUCCAAGGAAUGUGUACCAGUAUGUGUGCCCACACCUGUGUGCUGUGCAGAGUGCUAGAGAACACCACCCCCUUCUCUCUAUUUCUUUGCUCCAGUGAUAACAAUUCACUUUUAGCUGAACCCAAAGGAAACCAACCCUAGAUCCAAUUAUUCUGCUUUACCUAAACCCCAGCUUUGGGGCCAGCAUCUCCCACUGCCUCCAAAUACCACCACUAAAGUACCCAGAAGUUUCUGGGUUUACCACACUGUCCAACCUCCCUCCUCUGCAACGUACAGCCUCUCUCCUUCCUGAAGGGCCCUCCCAAGCCCCCGACCCCACCCCAUAGUGCUCUCUGAGCAGCCAAGACAGACGUGAGAGCAAGGGCCACAUUCCGUGUGUCAGGAGUGGCGUCUCCAUGAAGGAGGGGCCCGAAGCCCUAGUGGGCGGACCUCCCCUGAGCCUGUCUGAAGGGCCAGCCCUUAGUGCAUUCAGGCUGACACCCCAGGCAGGGAUGCCACCCCCGCUACUCCAGAGGAUGUGUCCUCACCCCUCACCCUGGCCUGUUGGCAUCAGAUGCACCCGUCUGCCUAGUAAAGGCCUUUCUGCAGCA